CGAGGCCCGCCCCGCCGCCCCCGAGACGGGGCCGCGCCCCUCUGCGGAGGAUGCCCGGUGUCCCCUGCAUCCGCGGCCCCGGGCAGCCCUUGCGCGUGGGGAACCCGGGAGGCGGAGGGGCGCGCUGAGGAGGCGCGGGUGGUGCUGAACGGACAGCUCCCGGGCGCGGGUGGCAGAGCGAGCAGCCGGCCCGCAGCACCAGCCUGCAGCCCCCGGCCCGCAGUACCCCCGGCCCACAGUCCCCCGCCCGCAGGGCCCCCGCCCGCAGCUAGCUGGGCUGGCUCAUGGUCCCCGAAGCAGCGGGCUAGGCGGAGGCUCCUGUGGCCGCCGGGCCCACGGGGAUGCCCCGCGGGUGAGGCAGCCCCCAGCUUCCAACCGCGUUCAUGGCGGUGGCCAGGAAGAUCAAAACUUUGCUGACGGUCAACAUCCUGGUGUUCGUAGGCAUCAUCCUCUUCUCCGUGUACUGCCGCCUGCAGGAUCGCUCAGAGGGGCUGGUACAGAUCGUGCGCAGCGCCGAUCGGCGGGUGCGUAGCCGGCACGCCAAGGUGGGCGCGCUGGCGGAGCGCGAAGCCAUCCUGCAGCGCCUCGACCACCUGGAGGAGGUAGUCUACAACCAGCUGAAUGGCCUCGCCAAGCCCAUCGGUCUGGUGGAGGGGCCGGGCGGCCUGGGCCAGGGCGGCAUGGCGGCCACACUGCGUGACGACAGCCAGGAGACGGAGGGCAAGUUCGAGGAAUACGGCUACAAUGCGCAGCUCAGCGACCGCAUCUCCCUGGAUAGGACCAUCCCCGACUACAGGCCCAAAAAAUGCAGACAGAUGACCUACUCGGAUGACCUGCCCCAGAUCUCCGUAGUGUUCAUCUUUGUCAAUGAAGCCCUGUCGGUCAUCCUGCGCUCUGUGCACAGCGUGGUCAACCACACGCCCUCCCAGCUCCUCAAGGAGGUCAUCCUGGUGGACGACAACAGCGAUAACGUGGAACUCAAGCUCAACCUGGACCAGUACGUCAGCAAGAGGUACCCGGGCCUUGUGAAGAUCGUCCGAAAUAGCAGGCGGGAAGGCCUGAUCCGGGCGCGGCUGCAGGGCUGGAAGGUCGCCACGGCCCCCGUCGUGGGCUUCUUCGACGCUCACGUGGAGUUCAGCACAGGCUGGGCCGAGCCCACCCUCACACGGAUCCGGGAGGACCGUCGGCGCAUCGUCCUGCCCGCCAUCGACAACAUCAAGUAUGACACGUUUGAGGUGCAGCAGUACGCCAGUGCAGCCCACGGCUACAACUGGGGCCUCUGGUGCAUGUACAUCAUCCCGCCCCAGGACUGGCUGGACCGCGGCGACGAGGCGGCGCCCAUCAGGACCCCAGCCAUGAUCGGCUGCUCCUUCGUGGUGGACCGGGAGUACUUCGGGGACAUUGGCCUGCUGGACCCAGGCAUGGAGGUGUAUGGUGGGGAGAACAUCGAGCUGGGCAUGAGGGUGUGGCAGUGCGGCGGCAGCAUGGAGGUGCUGCCCUGCUCCCGCGUGGCCCACAUCGAGCGCACCAAGAAGCCCUACAACAACGACAUCGACUACUAUGCCAAGCGCAACGCCCUGCGGGCGGCCGAGGUGUGGAUGGACAGCUUCAAGUCCCACGUGUACAUGGCCUGGAACAUCCCUAUGACCAACCCGGGCGUGGACUUUGGGGACGUGUCCGAGCGGCUGGCCCUGCGCCGGAGGCUGAAGUGCCGCAGCUUCAAGUGGUACUUGGACAAUGUGUACCCGGAGAUGAGGACCUACAACGACACGCUCACGUACGGAGAGGUGAGAAACAGCAAAGCCAGCGGCUACUGCUUGGACCAGGGGGCAGAGGACGAUGACCGAGCCAUCCUGUAUCCCUGCCACGGGAUGUCCUCCCAGCUGGUGCGGUACAGCGCCGAGGGCCUGCUGCAGCUGGGCCCCCUGGGCUCCACCGCCUUCCUGCCUGACUCCAAGUGCCUGGUGGACGAUGGCAGGGGCCGCGUGCCUGCCCUGAGGAAGUGCGAGGACGUGGCCCGGCCGGCUCAGCGGCUGUGGGACUUCACCCAGGGGGGCCCCAUCGUGAGCAGAGACACAGGCCGAUGCUUGGAGGUGGAGAUGUCCAAGGAUGCCAACUUCGGGCUCCGGCUGGUGGUGCAGAGGUGCUCGGGGCAGAAGUGGACCAUCAGAAACUGGAUCAAGCCAGGGCGGCACUGA